AUGGAUGAUUUUGAGAGUGAUUUGGUGGAGGGAGAGUUGCCAACCAGUGGAGAGCAGGAGCAGCACUUCCAGGCUCUGCUUGAAGCACAGGCAGAAGACUUGCAGGUGCUCUGGAACCUGGUCCAGCUAAUGUGUACUCUCGCAACAGCUCCAGUGGCCAAAACGGGCCUGCACCACCUCAGGCUCAUGAAGAUAAGUCUGCUGAAAAUGUUUAAAGCUGCAACAGCUUCUAGCUGUCACCAAAGACGCACAGGAGUGCUGGAUAUUCCCAUUCCAGUAAAGGAACAAAAGAAAUACAACAGAAACAGAUUGGCCACAGAGCCUGAAGGCAUCCUGGCAAAUGGAGAAAAUUGCCAUAUUCUGGAAAACCCAGAAGAUCCUCUCCUAUCUAAAGAUGGAGAUGUGAUAAUUGGAGCUAUCUUUUCAGUACAUAUGUGUACAGAUAUGCAGUCACUGGAAUACACUGAAAAACCUCAACCUUUAAUUUGCAUUAGAAUUAACCUCAGACAAUUACGCUUUGCUCAGACCAUGACUUUUGCAAUUGAUGAAAUCAACAAAAGCAACAGUUUGCUCCCAAAUAUUUCAAUUGGUUACAGAAUUUAUGACAAUAAUCGCUCAUAUUUGUUAUCUAUGAAAGCAGCCAUGGCACUGAUGAAUGGUAUGGAUAUAAAAGCAGAUGGUGCCUGCUCUGGACAAGCAGUAGUACAAGCCAUCAUAGGGGAGUCAGAUUCUUCUCCUACGAUAGCACUCACAAGAACAAUGGGACCCUUUAAGAUCCCAGUGAUAAGUCACGCUGCCACAUGUGAAUGUUUGAGCAACAGAAAAGAGUAUCCCUCUUUCUUCAGGACCAUAGCAAGUGACUACUACCAGAGUAGAGCACUGGCAUAUUUGGUCAAGCACUUUGGCUGGUCUUGGGUGGGAACUGUAAACAGUGAUAAUGACUAUGGCAACAAUGGAAUGGCCAUUUUUCUGAAUGCAGCCAAAGAGGAGGGAAUAUGUGUUGAGUACUCUGAGAAGUUUGACCGGUCAGAUCCUGCUAAAAUAUUAAAAGUGGCUGACAUUAUUAAGAAAGGCACAGCCAAAGUAAUUAUUGUAUUUCUCGCCUCCUUUGAUAUGAACAUUCUAAUAGAACAGCUUAUUCUAAAGAAUGUCAGUGGCUACCAGAUGAUUGGUGUUGAGGCAUGGAUUUCUGCUGUAGAUCUUGCCACACCAGCAAGUUACAAUAUAUUGGCAGGAGCCAUUGGUUUUGAUGUGGGGAAAUUGAACAUUGAUAGUUUUGCUGACUAUGUUGUCAAUGGGUUUUGGCAAAAAGCACUCCCUUGCUUACAUACCAAGGGAAAUGUUUUUCAACCUGAAAACAACUGCAGAAAAUAUGAAGAUAUUAUUCACUUUAAAAACUACAGUAAGGAUAUAUCAGAAUUGAGAUAUGCAAAUAAUAUUUACAAUGCAGUUUAUGCUGUGGCACAUGCUCUACACAGCCUGUUGAGAUGCACAGAAAACCAGAGUUGUGAGAAAGGCAAAAUAAUACAACCAUGGCAGGUUGUUGAGUCUUUAAAAAAAGUAAAUUUUACUACCAAAGAAGGAGAACAAGUUUGGUUUGACAGCACUGGGGCAACAGCUGCAAAAUAUGAUGUGGUGAACUGGCAACGAGAGUUCAAUGGAGAAGUGCAGUUUAAGACAGUGGGUUAUUAUGAUGCCUCACUGCCAAAUGGACAACAGUUUGUCCUAAAUGUUGAAGAUAUUGUGUGGGCUGGAGAGAAAAGACAGAAGCCAAGGUCUGUGUGCAGUGAGAGCUGUCCUCCGGGUACAAGAAAAGCAGCACAGAAAGGAAGGCCUGUCUGCUGCUAUGACUGUAUACCAUGUACAGAGGGAGAGAUUAGUAACCAGACAGAUUCAAAUAAUUGUGAGCAGUGUCCAGGAGAAUAUUGGUCUAACGCUGAGAGAGAUACAUGUGUGUUAAAGGUUAUAGAGUUUCUUUCAUUUACAGAAGUUAUGGGUAUAGUACUAAUACUUUUUUCUGUGGUUGGAGCUACAUUAACUGUGUUAGUAGCUAUUUUAUUUCUAAGAGAAAAGGACACUCCCAUUGUUAAGGCCAACAACUCUGAGCUGAGCUUCCUGCUGCUGUUCUCCCUGACACUGUGUUUCCUCUGUUCACUUACUUUCAUUGGACGGCCCUCUGAGUGGUCCUGUAUGCUGCGCCACACAGCGUUUGGGAUCACUUUUGUCCUCUGCAUCUCCUGUGUUCUGGGGAAAACAAUCGUGGUAUUAGUGGCCUUCAGGGCUACACUUCCAGGCAGUAAUGUCAUGAAAUGGUUUGGGCCUCUACAACAGAGACUCACUGUUCUUACCUUUACUCUCAUACAAGUCCUUAUUUGUGUAAUUUGGUUAACAGUUUCCCCUCCUUUCCCCUACAAGAACAUGAACUACUACAAGGACAAGAUCAUAUUAGAAUGUAACUUGGGCUCUGCUGUAGGUUUCUGGGCUGUGCUGGGUUAUAUUGGAGUUCUUGCUUUCUUCUGUUUUGUUUUGGCUUUUCUAGCAAGAAAGUUGCCAGAUAAUUUUAAUGAAGCCAAAUUCAUAACAUUCAGCUUGCUCAUUUUCUGUGCUGUAUGGAUAACCUUUAUUCCAGCGUAUGUCAGCUCUCCUGGAAAGUUCACUGUAGCUGUAGAGAUAUUUGCCAUUUUGGCUUCCAGCUUUGCUCUCUUAUUCUGCAUCUUUACACCGAAAUGUUAUAUUAUUCUGUUUAAACCUGAACUAAACACAAAGAAAAAUAUGAUGAGUAAAAUGGCCUCUAAAUCACCUUAG